AUGCCUUCGACGGUCAAAGUGCGAGUCAAAGGGGCACGUAAUCUACCCUUGCCGGACCAUGCGCGAGGCAAUGGAGCCGCCGCGGUCAGUGCGAACUCCUCGUCGCCUGCCGCUACCGCUGGGACAUUCACUCAAACUUCCGCGAGCGUCUUUUCGGCCUCCUAUCGUGAUUCCUACGUGAUUGUCUCGCUGGGCGGACAUGCGCAUUCGAUUGCUUCGAGCAUGGAAGAAGAGGCGACCAAAAUGGCCUUCAACACAACGGCGGGGUACGUCGCCAAGACCAAAAUAUGUCGGAAAAGUCUGUCACCAGUCUGGGAAGAAGAAUUCCGCUUUGAUGUUUCCGAUGAUACUUUGCUGCAGGAUGAGCCCCUUAUUUUCAAAGUUUGCGACUUUUCCGAUGUAGGCAAAGACGAAGGCAUCGGUCUGGUGUAUGUCGAUUUGAAUCCACUGCUUACAACCGAAUCGUCCGAUACAGAAGAUCCGGAAGGGGGUAGUGCCAUUGAAGGAUGGUUUCCUUUGUACGAUACCCUAUCAGGAGUGCGAGGCGAGCUGCUUGUCUCCGUAAAAUUGAAUUUUAUUGGCGAUGUCAACCCGUUCCGGGACUCGUCGGCAGGGGUCCGCCUACUUCCUUUUUCAACGAUUGAUCCCGCCUCCGGCUAUACCGUUACCCACAUGUUUGGCUUCGUCGAAGAGUUGGUGGUCGCAGAUGACCCAGAAUUUGAAUGGAAUCAAGUUCUUUCGCGGGCUCGUGGCGUCACUCACGAAACCCGACAAACACUACUCUACUUGUUGGACGCCAGCGUACGUCGUCGCAUGUGCAAAACUGUCUUGGAAAUGGGUGGCAACGCUGUGUUGGGAUAUCACCAAAAUUUUGACGUGGAAGGUGAUCCCGGUAUCGUUGCUCGGACUUACGGCACCUGUGUCUUGUUGGAACGCAUUCACGUCCAUACUUCCAAAAGAACAUUAAACGAAGAUCAGGAUAAUUUGACAGUUUUAGACCGCAUUCUCGACCCAUCGAGUAGCGGGAUAACUCAAGACAUUUCCCAGUCCUUGCGUGAUCGCGGAUCUUCCCGCUUCUUUUUAUCGGAAUCAGCGGCAGUUGCUCGUCAUCGCGACAACGUUGACGAAAAGGACGACGUACAGCUCUUGACUGUCAGAGAUUUUGAGCCAGCAGUCCGCGUACGAUUUGGAGGGCUUGUGACAGCGCGGUCAGUCAAGUAUUUAGGGAACUUGGCCUCAAAACUUUCCGAUCAAGAAACGCGUGACUCAUGGUGGACGGAACUGCGUGAUGAAAUUCGCUCCCACGCAAAGAUCCUGUGUUGCAGUCACGUGAUUGGGUAUCUUGAAGCUUCCACCAUUCACGACGAUGUCGCAAUCCUUAGCAUCACAGGUACGGCAGCUACGGUACGAGGACUACCCGACUUGACUUCGCCUCGGCGGCUUUUCAAUACGUGGAACACAGACACCAUGAGUAUCCACAAUGCUCAUUCUGAUUCAGAACAGGCCGAUGGAAUGUCGGAUGCUGUGACGGAGCCCCGUGGAUCGGCACGUCGAGUAGAGAGAUUACACCGUAGAGUUAAAAAAUCCGGCUUGAGUGCAAGAAGUGUAAAUCAAAACGCGAUCGAAGGAGGCUCUUCGUCAAAAUUGGGAGCGCAGGGAGCUAUUCCUCUGUCGUCACACCGUGAUAUUUGCAAAGGUACCGAUGCAAAUAAAAUCGAAGUUUUCCGACCUCGGCGAGCGAAGCCAUGCUCCGCGGUCCAUGUACCAUACUCGCACCGCCACGCUCCUUUUGCCAAUCUAAAGCUCGUUCCUUGCUUAAUUUGCGGAAAGAAGUGGGUUCCGGAAGUUUUGCUGUCCACCACAGAGCCGCCAGAUCGAUUGCCAAUAAGAGGAACCGGAGUGUUUGUUCAGGCUCGAGUUUGUCGGUCCCGUCCAAAAGCUGUGGGCGAAACAGAUGCUCUUGCCGUCAGUGAAGCUUUGCCAUUUUUGGAGUAUGACUUGGCUCGUCAGCUUAUGUUGAAGCUCAAGGUACUUGGGAGGAAUGCAGCGUUUGGAUUGAAGACUGAGGUCGACGUUGGAAGGCAGCUUAUCGUCUCAACCGCAACAGCCACAGCCGUUUACUGCACCGCCAUGCCAGCUCCCCGUGUGCUGGAGAUCACAAGAACAAUUGCCGUUGAAGACGAAGAAGACUAUCAAAUUGUCAAGCUACAAAAGCAAAUAGAAGUGAUAUCCAACAAGAAUAGACAGCGCCUUUCCGAAGCGGCUCAGCGACACGCCUAUCGAGUUCGCAAACGGCAUACCCGAAAGAUCAAAGCCAUGCAAAAGAGACGCGCGGCGAAACAAGAGGUAGCCCAAAGAAAGAAGGAUAGUGCUAAGAGGGAGCGACCGAGAAGCAGCAGUAAAGAGAAGAUACCAGAGGGGCUGACUUCUCCUUUUUACGCAGGUUCACAACGCAACAGUUCUGGCGAUAACCCGAACACAGUAGACUCCAAAGACGAAUUCCAAGAUGGUUCUUUGUCGAGCCUGGGUUCAGAUAGUACAUCGUCGUCUAGCUCGUCAUCAAGUAGCUCCAGUGAAAGUGAAGAUACGGGUCAAGAAGCCAAUGGAUCUGGUAGUGCAAACACUAGUCCUCAACAUUCGCAAGGCGUCGGCUCGACAAACAACUUGUCACGUGCUGAUUGUAGUGACGGUGAACAGUCGGGGUUGGAAGACAUGGACUACGAUUCAGACUACCGGUCAGGUCAAGAGCAUGGUGGAAGGGGAGACAAUAAGUCAAUAGCUUCCCGUGUCUCAGAGCUCGACGAACUGGAGGACGAGCUAUUGCAAGAUGGAAAGGCCACAUCAAAGGACAUUGACGGUAACGGCAUUCGGAGGCGACGACGCAGACGAAUGUAUCGCGAUGACAAGAUGCCGUUUGUUCUUGAAAUUGACGACGAGACAGACGAAGACUUCUUAAGCGUUCUGCUCGACAAACAGCUACCAGAAGGAAUUCGCCUUUGUACGACAGCACAUAUACCAGACUUCGGGACGGGUAUUGGAGGUGUGGAAACAGAAGACUUCAAUGGGCAAAUGGUCAUGUCUAUGUUGCGUUUCAAAUGGAAUCCAAAUAGCCGGGGGACGAGAAGUAAUCUGCUCUUUUCAAGCUUGUUUCAGGAGUUGUUUGCUAAGCUCUGCGAUCGAAUCAAGGAUUUCGCUCCUGCAGUAAUAUGCGGUGUACGGACACAAGUUAACUUGACACCGGAUGAUCAAGUGGAGCUGGUGUGCUUUGGUAAAGUCGUUUUGGAAAGACGGUUGGAUGCGACGCAAGUUGACGAGCUUACCGUUGGAAGCGCUGGUUCUGACAACACGAAAGCCGAUGAGUUGGAAAUACGACGUAGGGAAGACGCGGAGAUGCGUUCUAUUCAAAGCGAUAUCGAAGCAAGUAUUUCGACGAUCUUUAAAACAGAUUUGAUCGGGCAGAAUCGAGCAACGGUCAUCGUCGACCAGUUGAGUGAUGAGAUGAAGCGUUAUCAUGCUGGGGUGCGGUGUUCGAGUCCUCUUCAGCUCGGUCGACUUAAAGCAUCGCCAACCUCCUCAGAUGCUGCUGCAAAGACCAUCCCUAUGCCUGUUCCGCAAUUAUCGCCACGGCUCUCCCCACGAAGAAUGUCGCCGAGACUCCACGGUUUGCAUAUUCGAAGUCGUACUGAAGGUGGACACCAGCCAUCGACUAUUAUGCUACCUGAGGUUCCUCUGAAAACUGGAAACUCGAACUACUCGAACAUGUUGUCGAUUCUUCCGCCACAAAGAAGCUUCACAACAAAUGCCUUUGGGGUGAAGGUGGAGGAAGUCCCUGUUGAGCUUUCUCCAUUGCAUUACGUUACUGGAGGAGCUGUGACCGAAUACCUAGGCUCAAUCGCCAUGCAUUUCAUUCGAGAGAGUCGUGGACUUGAGGCUGCCGAGUUUCAACGAUUCGUUACGGAAUGCAACGCUAUCGCUCGAGCCCACGUAGCCUCUCUCGGCGGUAACGCCAUGCUUGCGUAUCGCGCAGUCCCCGCAGAGUCCGGGGGCAAGGUUUACAAAUCACAAGUUUACAAUGUCAUCUCGCUUUCCGGAUGCGCUGUGAAAGUUGACUAUUCAAAGAAUCGCGAUGGGUCUUCUCUGCAACACGAGAAGCUUUCUGGAAAGUCCGACCCGGUCGAUCAGACCUGGAAAGAACGAUCUACUACAGUCUAA